AUGGCGCAGGUCGGAGCCAAUAUGGAGUACCAAGAAUACAAAUGGGCUUACUCAAUUAUGGAUUCUUCAAAGGUAUCAGCAUGUGUGAUAUCUAUGUUACUUAUCGUCUAUGGAAGCUUCCGCUCGUUGAAUAUGGAAAGAGAAGCUCGAGAAAGAGCCGAGAGAGAGAGGGAAGCGUCAUUGCUUGGAGGGAAGCCGGUACCCACUACUUCACCAAAUAAUAAUGUACAAACACUAAACACAAUGCAGGCGCUGUGUUUCCCGCUGGGCUCCUCUGUGGCGUUACUCAUUAUGUUUUUUUUCUUUGACUCCAUGCAAACGUUGGUGGCAAUAUGUACAGCAAUAAUAGCGUGCGCGGCGCUGGCGUUCCUGCUGACGCCGCUGUGCCAGUACGUGGCAGGCAGUGCGGGUCUCGGCGCGGGGUCGCGAGCCGCUUGCGGCCGCUACUCGGCGCCCGAGAUGGCAGCCGCCCUGCUGGCCGCCGGCAUCGUCGCCGUGUGGGUGCUCACCGGACACUGGCUGCUCAUGGACGCGAUGGGCAUGGGUCUAUGCGUGACAUUUAUAGCUCUCAUCCGGCUGCCGUCACUAAAGGUAUCUACGUUGCUGCUGACUGGUUUGCUGCUAUAUGAUGUCUUCUGGGUUUUCUUCUCUUCCUACAUAUUUACCACAAAUGUUAUGGUGAAAGUAGCUACAAGGCCGGCUGAGAAUCCCAUGAAUGUAGUGGCGAGGAGAUUGCAGCUAGGAGGCGCUAUGCGGGACGCACCAAAGCUAUCACUGCCUGCAAAACUUGUAUUCCCUUCUAUGCAUCAUCAAGGACACUUUUCCAUGCUUGGUCUAGGCGAUAUAGUAAUGCCGGGUCUGCUGCUGUGUUUCGUAUUGCGCUACGAUGCAUACAAAAAGGCUACAUUGGUGUGCCAAAUGGGGCAGGUCCCUGGCCCUAGGUCAAUGGGUUCCCGAUUGACAUACUUCCACUGUUCUCUAUUGGGCUACUUCCUCGGUCUGCUGACUGCGACAGUCUCGGCCGAGGUGUUCAAAGCAGCGCAGCCGGCUUUGCUGUACCUCGUGCCCUUCACGUUGCUGCCGCUGCUCACCAUGGCCUACGUGAAGGGUGAUCUCAGAAGAAUGUGGAGCGAACCGUUUAUAACACCGAACGGAAAAUCAGGUGCGGACUUCGAUGUGUGA